AUGGGGUCAUGGACAAGUCCACGUAUCUUAUUCAUCCUCAAAGGACACCGCCAGUAUAGCGUCUUCUCGUCGCCUCAGCUUCAGAAUCCAUACGGGAAGUCAUCCUCUCUUGUAAUAUCUGCCGAUUUUCAUGUCAAGUUCUCUGAUCACAUGUGGUCUGCAGAGUUUUGUGGAGUUACAAAUGGUUUGAUCUAUUACUCUAGCAUGACAAUCUCAGAAAAGAAGAGUGAGGAUGCAGUAGUGCCUAUGAUAUUUAACCCUAUCACGAGACAGUAUGCAAGUUUGCCUAAAAUGACAAAGGACGGAGCGGAGAGAGCUAGCGUGUUAGGGUUUGAUCCGAUUGACAAGCAAUUCAAGGUAUUGGCUAUGGCCGCUUAUCCAUAUGCUAAUGAAAGGGAGGAUAAUAGAAUUCUGAUUCUGACGUUAGGAACUGGAGAAAUGAGUUGGAGGAAGAUCCAAUGUCCUUUCCCUCAUUACCAUUAUAGUUUGAGAGAAGGGAUAUGCAUCAAUGGGGGCAAAUUAGGUGUGAUUAACCGGAAGUUUUAUGGCGGUAGCAACAUCCUUGAGUUUCAUUUGUUGGUUCUAGAGGACGUAGAGAAACAGGAAUGGUUGAAAUAUGUCUACAUUUUGCCGGAUAUUAAACUCGUUGACCUCCGCUAUGUUUAUGUUGUUGGAGUGACUGCUACGGGUGAGAUUGUUUUUGUCGAUGGCAAGUACAUCUCAACCGUUUUACACUUUCUACUUUAA